UGUAGCCUGCGGGUACUCAGGUCUCUGGGGGAGUCAAGGGUUUAACCCGUCCUGCGACGCGGAGCACCGGCCGCCGCUCGCCGACGCAAGACAACGACGAUGCCGAGCUUCCCUCCGCCCGGCGCCGUCACCAUCUGCGAGAUCAACCGCGACCUAGUUGCGGCGGAUGCGGUGUCCGACGAUCGAGCCAAGGAUGCCUACGGGGAUGUCCUCGGAAUGGUCUUCAGCCCGAUUCCUUUCCAGCCGGAUGCGAUUGUUGCCACCCACGAGCCUCCUGCUGCCACUGAAGCUGCUGAGCCUGCUGAGAUUGUCCCCAGAACAAGUUUAGCUUCCACCAUAGCUGAGUCCUUCAAACAAAUGAUCUUCCCUUCAUGCGAUCCAAAUCUGCUACAAGAAAUUGAUACCCAGAAAGUAAGUUGGAAUCCGCACAAGCAUUGCUUGGCAUUUGUAUCUGGGAAGAACCAAGUUACAGUUCAUGACUUUGAGGAGCCAGAUAAUAAAGAAUCCUACAUUCUAACAAGUGACCAUCAAAAGGAUGUUAAAGCUGUUGAAUGGAGGCCAAAUAGUGGAAAGAUGAUUGCAGUUGGGUGCAAGGGAGGGAUAUGCCUCUGGUCAGCAUCAUAUCCUGGCAACGUUGCAUCUGUGAAAUCUGGUGUCACCUCUUCUUCCUUUGGUGCCUUUCCUAGAGGUUCUGGUGGUCAAUGGAUACUCGUGGACAUUCUCCGUGGUUCUUCUGCUGAGCUAGUUAGCGCACUUUGUUGGAAACCUGAUGGAAGAUACUUGGUGUCCGCCUCUUGUAAUAGCCCAUCAUUCACAAUUUGGGACGUUUCUCAAGGGUUGGGAAUGCCUAUAAGACGUGGAUUAAGUAGUAUAUCAUUAGUGCAGUGGUCACCUAGUGGAGAUUACCUUUUAACUGCUAAGCUUGAUGGAACUUUUCACUUAUGGGAAACAAAUACAUGGACGUCAGAACCAUGGUCUUCAUCUAAUGGAUAUGUAUCUGGAGCAAAUUGGGAUCCAGAAGGCCGUAUUGUGUUAUUGUCCUUUUCUAACUCAACAACACUGGGCUCAAUUCACUUCUCAUCAAAACCACCAUCUUUAGAUGCCCAUCUCCUACCAGUCGAACAUCCUGAAAUUUCCUCUCUGAUUGUCAGCCGAGGCAUAGAUAAAUUAGCAUGGGAUUCUUCAGGAGAGCGCUUGGCAUUAUCGUUCAAAGAUGGCAAUGAAAUGUAUCAUGGCCUUGUUGCUGUCUAUGAUGUGAGGAGAUCUCCACUUGUCUCAGUUUUACUAGUUGGAUUCAUUAGAGGACCUGGAGAAGGAGCAAAGCCACUUGCAUUUGCCUUCCAUAGCAAAUUUAAGCAAGGACCAUUGCUUUCUGUGUGCUGGAGCAGUGGCUGGUGUUGUACGUAUCCCCUCAUACUUCGCCCGCAUUGACUCCCUAAAAGGAGUAAGUAAGGUCAAGAGAUGAUUGGCAUGCUAUUGAAUUAUCUUUUCAGAGAGAUGCAUUCUCUAGGUGCCUCAAAAAUGCUGCUAUGAUUGUUAUCCUCUUGUAUGUAAAAUUCUUCUCUCUGGAAGCGGUGCUAUUCAAUGGAGGCAAAAAUAGAAAAAAAAAUUCUGAAAUGUAUUUGGUAGCAUUACAAAUGUCUGUAUUAUACUUAUUUGGAGGGGGAAAUGUAUUGUCUGCGCUUGUGUUUAUGCAGUUCCCCAAAGCAAGGACACCAUUGUCUUACCAUGUGUCCUUUUAGUGCAUGAUUACUGUUCAUUAAUUGGCUGCACUAUUGCAUGGUAAGAAACCUUGAAUGAAAGGUUUAAUCAGUUUCAA